UAGUUUAUUAGUAGAAGUAUUUUUUCAAUUUGCGUGUAUGUUUUUAUUACAUCAAGAGGUUAUUUCAUUUUAGAGGUUAUAAUCAUUUUAAGGUUACAAUUAGUUAUUUUUAUUUAAUCUCAAAUGGCACAAAACUCUACUGUUUCUUUUAUAAGUACUCCUGGUUUUUGUUCUGAUUGCGGAUCAAUAUUACCAUUGUUAGGUGAUAAAGGAAAUGUAACAUGUUAUGCUUGCAAAAGGGUAUGGGGUCCUGAAGCUUUUGGAGACAUGUCAAUGUCUUAUACUAUUCAUUUUAAUAAAACAAAUGUUUAUACUCUAUCAAAACAAAAUGACGAAAAAGAAGAAGCAGAAGGACCAAUUGUUGAAAGGAAAUGUCCUCAAUGUCAAAAUGAUAAAAUGUCAUACGCUACAUUGCAAUUGAGGUCAGCAGAUGAAGGACAAACAGUAUUUUAUACAUGUACUAAGUGCAAAUUUAAAGAGACAGAGAAUUCAUAACAUAAAUUUUUAUUAUAUAUUUUAAUUUGUACAUUCAACAUUCUUUACUUAAUUGAUUGGUAAAUAAUUGUUGAAACAUAAACACUCCGUGUUAAUAAAACAUAGAGCUUUAUUCAUAAUAUACUUAACAAAUAUCAAUAAAUGGAUAAUAAUAAUAAUAAUAAUAAUAGUAAUAGUAAUAAUAAUAAUAAUAAUAAUAAUAAUAAUAAUCAUUAUAAUAAUUUUAUAUAAUACUGUUAAUUUAUCAUUACAUUUUUCGUAAUUAUGCAUGGUUGAAAAUUUUGUAAUAAUAUAUUUUUAUUGUAUAUAUUUGAUUAAAUAUUUUGUACAAUAUAUUGGAAUAAAAGUUAACAAUUAGUUUGAGAAAUUCCUAUUAAUCUGUCUUUGAAACCAUUAUAGUGGUCCUUUCAUUAUAAAAUUUUUGUAUUUAAAGUACAUUGGUUAAACUACCGGGACUUAAAUGUUAAAUAUUAAUCGCGAUAAUGUUUUUAUAUUUCCUUUUAAUAGUAAAGAGAAAUAUAUGUUAUAAUGAGGAAUUUUUUAACAACCAGUCCAGCAACUUAAUUAUAUAUACAAUAGAUGUUUUACACUAUAAUAGUAUUAAACAGACUUUUUUAUUCUAACAUUGAUAAAAUUAACAAAGAAU